ACCAAAGCCGACCAAAGCAGGGCUGAUUCCUCGCAGCACGGACACGGACACAUUCCAAAACGACACCGGGAUCUGCUACAAAGGCACACCGAGCGCUUCAAACCACCGACAUGUGGCGUGGCUGCUGGGCCCUGGUGCUCCUGGUGGUGUGUGUUCCGGCAAACUCGUCCAGUGGGUCAGACUGUAGCACUACAACGACGCAUUCACUGUCCUCCGUGAGUGACCGACACAAGGCCGAGCUCAGCCACAGACAGCACCUGGAGGCGCUCUUCAAAAGAUAUGGGGAGAAUGGCUCCAUCUCUCUGGCUGGACUCAGGCGUCUGCUGCAGAGUCUGGGUCUGGACCGGAUCAGGACCGUGACAGUCCAGCACCACGAGAAACCGGGCCACCAUCACCAUGACCAUCAUCACCAUCAUCACCACGGCAACCACAAACACCAUCACCAUCAUAACCACAAUCACAGCCAUACGGUCCAGAAACACGACAAGAACCAGCAACCGGAUAGCCACGACGACCACAGCCACGAUGACCACAGCCACGAUGACCACAGCCACGAUGACCACAGCCACGAUGACCACAGCCACGAUGACCACAGCCAUGAUGACCACAGCCACGACGACCAUGAUCAUAAUGACAACCACAAUCAUAACCAUAGCGAUGACGACCACAGCCAUGACGACCGCGAUCAUCUUGACAAUCACCACGACAACCACAAUCAUGGGCAUACUCAUGACCACAAUAAUGAAGCUCAGGACCAAAAGUCUGAUUUGCCAAUUAAGAAGUUAUUGAGCGAAGCGGGGCCAAAAGUGGAAAAAGAUGAGUUUGAGAAAAACAGGGUCCCUGAAAGCACCACAGCCUCUGGAGUGCGCAGAGUGAAACGAGAGGAUCCAACCAGCGCCCGCAACCUGAGCACCCCCCUCCAUCCACAGGAGGGAGCCAGUGAGCAGGAGGAUCCAACACUGGACCAGUCGCAGUGCCUGAACGCCUCCACCCUCCUCUCCUCUCAUGGUUUGACCCCAGAUGGAGGGCUGACGAUGGGGGACUUCAGUCUGCUGUGUCCCUCCCUGCUGGACCAGCUGGACCUAGGGGCCUGUGUCCAGCAUGGUCCCCGCCUUGGCACCGGAGUCAAGCAUCACCAUGGAAACCACAGCCACAUGGAGCACAGUGACACCCCUGCUGGAGAGAGCAGGAACGUCCUCACAGCGUGGGCAGGGGGCUUCACCUCCAUCACCAUCAUCAGCCUGCUGUCUCUGCUGGGAGUGGUCCUCAUUCCCCUCAUGAACAAGGUCUUCUUCAACUUCCUGCUCAGUUUCCUGGUGGCUUUGGCUGUGGGCACACUCAGUGGAGAUGCAUUCCUGCACCUCAUCCCCCACUCCUUGGUGGCACACCACCACUCAGAUGAACAUCACCAACACCAUGGGGAUCACGGGGACCACAUGGAGCAUGAGGAGGACAGCCUGGACGGGGUCUGGAAGGGCCUAACUGCUCUUGGAGGGGUUUACUUCAUGUUCCUUAUCGAACACUUCCUCACACUAGGCAAGAUGUACAAGGACAAGAAGAACAAGACCCAAAAAAAAGCCGAGCUGCAAGACAAAGAGGAGCAGGCCGCUCUGAAGGAGGAUCUGCUCAAGAAUCAUGAAGAGGUGGAGGCGGCGUUGCCUGCUGGUGUGGCGGAGGAGGAGCAGGUUAUGUUGACCCCGGCGGUGCAGGUCCUCUCGGCUCAGGGCUACACUGAGCAGGACUGUGAGAACAAGUGCCACUCCCACUUUCAUGACACGGUGGGACAGCCUGACCAGAAGCAUCACCAUCACCAUGACUACCACCACAUCCUGCACCAUCACCACUCCCAGAACCACCACCCCCACUCGCACUCACACUCCCACGGGAUGAGCCGUCUGCAGGGAGGCGGCAUCGCCUCGCUCGCCUGGAUGGUAGUGAUGGGAGAUGGCCUGCACAACUUCAGUGAUGGGCUAGCUAUCGGGGCUGCAUUCACACAGGGCCUGUCCAGUGGCCUAAGCACCAGUGUGGCAGUGUUCUGUCAUGAGCUGCCACAUGAACUCGGAGACUUUGCGGUGCUGUUGAAGGCAGGAAUGACAGUGAAGCAGGCCAUCCUGUACAACGUGCUGUCGGCUAUGAUGGCAUACCUGGGAAUGAUCACGGGCAUCCUGAUUGGACACUACGCUGAGAAUGUGUCCAUGUGGAUCUUUGCCCUCACCGCCGGGCUCUUCAUGUAUGUGGCCCUGGUGGAUAUGAUGCCAGAGAUGCUGCACAACGACGCGGGGGAGCACGGCUUCAGUCACUGGGGCUUCUUCGGCCUACAGAAUGCCGGCAUCCUCCUGGGCUUCAGCAUCAUGCUCCUCAUCGCACUGUUCGAGCACCGCAUCCGCCUGCACCUGGGCCAAUGACGGACGCCACUGAGCCUCACCCACAGCUCAGACGGACCCAAGAGGAGGGCCAAUGCUGAGCUCAUAGACAUCUUUAGUUUAUGCUACUGCUGGAGUUUUUUGUUUAUUUGGGAGAAAAAAAGACUGAAAAAGCUUUGAUGAAAAAAACGCAUCAAGAGUCAUCGGGACCACUAUAUAAGUGUUUGUGUCUGUCUGUGGAUCCAUGUGUGUUCAUACUGUAUAUGAGCCACCACCUCACCUCAUGAAGCCAACGCUAAAGGGAAACUCGAAGGCAUGUGUGCAAAUCCUCACGCAAUAGACAACUUCAGAUAAAAAAGUAAAAUCCUUAUAGUUUCUUUAAAUUUCCUCCAUUACAUGAAACAAAAAGAGGGGGUAUUAUGCUUUAUACCUUGUUAUAAUAUUGUUCCUGCAUAAAAAAUGUCUGAAGUGGUUUCCUGAAUCAUUUGUGCAUGUUUGAGUAAUCUAGGGAUCUCUCACAGGCCCUAUUCAAACCUUCCUUUUGAUUAGCAGUACGACAGCGCCACAAGCCUGCCUAACAUCAAACAGAAACUGAAAAAAAAAAUGUAAUAGUUGUUUUAUGGUGUAUAUAAGAUUUUCAAAACAAUGAUGGGUAACAUGGUGAUCUAAAUAUAUUAUGUGUUAGCAAUUAAUACCCCACAGAAGUGUAAUACCCCCUCUUUAAAGAUGCAAUGAUUGUUUGAGAUUGAGGCCUGGUUGUCUCCAUGGACUUGUUAUUGCUCUGCCUGGAAGGUUCCACAGUAUGGCUUUAAACUUUUAUAUAUCUUGCAUUUAUUCAAUUAUAAUUUUAUUGGUCAAAAAUACCUUGAAAAACAUGCAUACUGUGAGCAAGGUUGCGUUGCUUGUCUCUAUGUAGAAGUAGAAGUUUAUUGCCGUACUGUAGCGUUCCAGGUAAAGCCAUAAGAUCUCUAUGGAGACAAGCAUUCUCUCCCAGAAAAGUUCCAAGUUCCCUUUAAAGAACAGAAGGACCAGUAACCUCAAUGUUUUGUUUGUGGUCAGUGAUGUCAAACUUUUCAAGGACGGUUGUGAGUGGUAUCGGUUGCCUUCCCUGAGCAUGUUUUGUGCCAUGGGGCAAGACACUUCGCCUCCAUUGCCAGUUUCUCUUAAUAUUGAAAUCCAUGGGUCAAUAUCAGAAAGUUGUUACACCUAAUCACCUUGACAGUGUUUGGAUUUCAUCAAGUUUUUUUUUUUAGUGUUUUAUUUUAUCUAUUUUUUGACUGAACAUUCCACAGUGCUGUUUUUUUUUAUUGUCUGUUUACAAUACUUCUGUUACAAUCAUAAGGUACAAUAUCAACAUGUGAAGGCUACAUGAAGGUGUUACUAGGGCUGGAUACUGUUUGAGAGUAGUUUUCGGGACCAGUAUUUAAAGCAGACCUAUUCUGCAAUAUCAACUUCAGAGCUUUCAACCAUGUUCUCAUUUACUCACCCGAAGUUAUAUUUGGAGUGAUUAGUACAUGUUUGCGCAAUCUUUAAUCGCUUAUCAUCAUCAUCCCUCGUUUCCACCACCAUGAGUACAUAGCCACUGCUCUGUACUUUCUUCAUUCUCCAAUUUUAUUUUCUUAAUCCAUAAUACAUGAAGGGUCGAAGGAUCCGCUACUCGCUAGUGUAAUGUGCAGCUGUCCAUCGGAGGUGCUGACAGCUACAUGACUCUUGUGUUGUGACGGCAUUUACAGCAAUGUCAGCUCCUACUGGGCACCACAGUUUUCUAACAGAGAAGUCAGUGAACGUGUUUCUUUUAUUAAGUUGUUUGAGAUGAAUAUUGCGAUUUAAAAUGUGCAAUGAUAUGAUCGACUGGUGUCAGAAAUUAUAAAUAUAAAGCAAACACAAGCACAAUAUGUAUUUUUUAAGUACGUGGUUUACAGUUGUUUCACCGUUACCCAGGAGUGGGAAGUAACUAAUGACAAAAAAAAUUCUUGGGUUACUUUAAUUGAAUUGUACUUUUUGAGGAUAUAUAUUUAAACUUGUAAUAGCCAUGUAAUUGUUCUUUAUUACUUUUUAAUCAUAGGAGUUAGUUACAUAACUCCUAAGAGCACUGCGUCGUCAGUCCUGAUUGGGCAGAGCUCAGAGAAUAAGCGGAUUGUGGUUUCAAACCACACAAUUCAUCUGAUUUGUGUAAAAAAAAAGUAACUACUAGUUUGAGUAGUAACCCUUUUUCUUGAGUACAAAUUUGGCUGUGGUACUUUCCAUCAGUGUCAAUGCCUCUGCCUCAUAAUCAGGGUUUUUCCUCAGUAUUCAACAGACAUCAAAUCUUUUGGUUAAAGUUCAGUACUGUAACUUUUUUUUUUUUUUUUUUUUUUUGAGGUUAUUAUGCAAAAUCUACUUUUUGAGCUCUCUACCAUGUUAUAACAUUCCCUUAUCAAAAACAUGCCUGAAGAGGUUUUAGAUGUCAUCCAUGCAUGUUUGAGUAAUUUAGUGAUCUUUCCCAGGUCAUAUUCUAACCCUCCUCACGAUUAGUUGUAAGAUUCUGUCUAAUGCUCUGCCCACAGGCCGACAUCAUCCAUGCUGCCACACGACAGCUAUCCAUAAAUUUAUUUAAAAAAUGAUAUAAAACUGUACACAGUAACUUGACAAACCUGUUGUGAUGUGCAGAAGCUUCAUUUGCAGAAUGCACACUGAGUGAGUUAGCACGAAGAGCAAAGGGAGGGGAGACUCAGAGUGUCAAAAACAAAAACUUAUUUAACAUGUUAAUACAUUGUUUUUGGCGAAUAUAGCAUUUUUAAAAACGUAAAAGGUAACAUGGUGAUUUAAAUAUGUUGUGUACAAGCAGUUAAUACCCCACAGAAGGAUAAUGCCCCUUCCUUAUACCAUGAGGAAGCAUUUAAACAGUACCCAGCCCCAGGUUGAAUGUAUUUGAAACAUGAUUAUUAUUGAUUUACAGAUCAUUAGGGGUAAAAUAUGUUGGAAUCUUUUGGUUAUAGAGUAAACUGUUACAAAUUGAGGGCUGAGAACCAAAAGGCUGUGAGUGAAAUUCUGUAUUUGAGAACAUUACAACAACGAAUCAAGCAAUGUCAAUAUUGUUUUUUUUAUUUAUUUAUUUUUUUUUUUUGUUUUGUUUUCACAGAUUGCAAAACGAUUAUAUAACAUUUUUGGUGUAGUGUCGGUUACCUGUUUGUGUCGUGGUGAUGUGAAUGCUUAGCCUGGGAUGCUCCGCAUUAUUAAACGAAUGACAAAAGCAACAUGCCAAAACAAGGAACUAGACAUCUAAAACAAAAUCCGUUUACCUCUGUCAUCUGUUGAUACUUUGCAGUGAAAACAUGCUGGGGGCGUUCUGGCUGUAUUCCUAUGGCGGAAUGCUGAGCAGUGUUGACACAACACACAAAGUAGCAAACAUUGCCAUAAAAGUUUUAAGAUUGUCUGAGAACUCUAGUAAAAAUACAAAAUGAUUUUAAACAACACAUUUUCAGGAGCCUGUGAUAUGAGCGUUCAUGGUCCUGUUUAGGUAUUUGAUUAUCAACUAAAAGGUGAGAGUGACUAUCUGAAAAACUGUUGGCUAAUGCUAGCUAGUUUAUGACUGUAAUUUUAUCUGAGAGGGACUUAUUUAACAGCACAAAUCAGCUCACCUGUUGUAGGUCCUGUAGUCAGUUUUUUGGUCAAAUUUUGUGUUCAAAUAAAGCUCAGAUUAAAGUUUAACUUUAACUAGUUAGCAUCAUGCCCCCAGGGAAUGUUGUUGACAUCAGCUGCAAAGUAUCAAUAUGGAAAAUUCCACCUAGUCUAUCCAGCAGUAAAAUUAGAAACUUCAACAAAAUUACAAAACUAGAAAAACCUAAACAAGUAGUAAAAUCUUAAAUAUAAAGGUGUGAACUAUGUUAUGGUGAAGUGGGUAGUCUAACAUGUCAUGUGCACUUUAAACGUAUCUAUCUUCAGUUUUAUGCCAUACUGUGGAGCAUUUCAUGGAAGAAUAAACAUCUCCAUAGAGAUAAGCAGGUUGCAGAUUUCCACCUGUGAAGUUACCCUGUGUAUUUUCAGUUAGUUGCACUUUGCCGUUUAGGUAGAGAAGUAAAUCGUUAAAAUUCAAAACACCAAACUGAGAUAUUUUUGUAAAGAUUUGAUUAUGAAACAAAUUUUGUAUGAAUAUAACAGAAUUUGAGUUGAAAUGUCUCUGGCAUCCUUUAAGGCUGUCAGCCCUCCUGGUUUAUAUAAAUGUGAAUGUUGGUUUCCUGGUUCAUGGCAAUGAACCGGGCUGAGGACAGGAGACACUAGGACAGACUUACCUCCACGUGGACACUGCAGGACUCUGGGGAACACUACUGAAUCCGUCCAUUUCAACAUGUCCAUGAAGCUGCAUGUUGUCUUCUUCACUGUCUUUGUUCCAACAGAAAAGGCAAAUAAAAUCUCAUGUGAUGGA